AUUUCCAGACAUGGUGAGUGGGAUUCCCUGUUUAUUAUUUCUUGUUUGUGUUUUUGGGGGUCCGGUCAGCGGGGGUCCAGUGGCCACCCCCCACCCAAACAUCACAGACCAGGAGCUGUUCUGGGGUGCAGACCAGUAUGACUUCUCUGUGGUGCUUCCAGCUGCUGGGUUGGAGUGUUUCUGGCAUUUUGCUCAUCGAGGAGAAAGAUUUUACCUGAGCUUUAUGGUUCAGUGGGUGACCGGUGUGGGCCAGGACAGACACCUGUCAGUCUCAGUGAACGCUCCAGGUGGUCUGCUGGUGUCCACUGUGGACGACGCCAAGGGUCAGAUCAACUUUGAGGCUGAAGAGACCGGCUUUUACCAGAUGUGUUUAAGCAACUUCCACAACCACUUCGGCACCAUGCAGGUCUUCCUCAGUUUUGGUGUUUACUAUGACGGCUACCAAGACCCCAACAAGCAGAAGGAGGAAGAGAAGAAGAAGAAAGAGGAAGCCGGCAAACACCUGAACAACACCCUGGGCAUCAUUGAGGAGGCGACUCAUAAAGUGGAGAACUACGUCUUCCACAUGUUCCGCUACUACAGCUUCGGCCGUAUGAGGAAGAGCACCGACUACUUCCUGUUGUUGUCCAACUCGCAGUACAUCACUAGGUGGUCCGCAGCCCUCUGCCUCCUUAUCGUCACCUGUGGAUACCUGCAGCUCCUCUUCCUCAAAAGACUCUUCAACACCAAGACUUGUACUGAGGAUGAGAAGCCCCGCUGCUGAUGGACUGAAACUAACACAUCACUGUCUACAUCUGUUUCUCUGCAGGAACCUGAGCUUCAUGUGUAUGCAACUAAUCAUAUUUGUGUGU